GCCGAGGAGGGGAGGCGGCGGGGGCGGAGCGCAUUCCUGGUGGGUGAAAUCGGCUCUAACGCGACCGAUUUUCGGGCCUCGCUGCAAAUUCGUAGCCCCGGCCCUCGCCCCCCACCCUCUGCCUCCUGGGGCCCUAGGGAAAGGGAGGCAUGCACCGGGGAAGGUUCGUCCAGGAGAACUACCACCCCCUUCAAAAACAAACAAAGAAUAUAAUAAUAACGCCGCAAAAUGGUGCAGCAUUGGGGUAAAGUAUAUGUUAAUAAGGAUCUUCCGGAACUGUGCUUCUAAUGCUAAACCUUUAGGGUGUUUCGAACCCUCACCCAGCAAGUAAUGCAACUACUUUCCUGUUUUUCAUUUGGAUUCCCCUCUCGUUGCUCUUUCUUCCCAUUUCCAUUAAUGGGAAGAAAAAGAAGUUUAGGGUUAAUUAGCCCGACGACAAGGGCAGUAAAUAAAAGAGGGGAGAGAGUGGUUAAGGCUAUAUAUGGGAGAAAGAAAGCACUUAAUUUUUUCCGUGGUCCUUGAAGAUAGAAAUAUAGGAACAAUGCUUUAUUCUUGUUAACAUUUACUACUGAAAAUGUUGUUAGGUUGACGUUGGAAAGGAUAGCGUUUAAGUGGCACUGAAAUUUCCAACCUAGUUGUUGGCUGGAAAUGCUCGUUUUAAAUGUUGGUAAACAGUGGAGGCAUAAAGCAACCCUUUUCCCUGCCUUAAAUGUUUGUGAUCUUUGUUUUCCAUUCUACUUUUUUGUAAGAACACGGCUGUUGUUUCAUUGUUUAACCUAGAUUCCUUGUCCCUUUUGGGUAUAUGAGUCUGACGGUAUUCCUAAGUUUUUUUCAGUUUUGCCAUUAAGCCGUGAUCUCUUUCUUACUGCACAUCUUACCACUUUCUGUUUAUAAUUCAAGCUGUUACCGUAUAUGCCUGUUCAUGCUUCUCUUAAACCAACUGUCUGAAUUGAAUUAAAAAUUAAAGACCUCUUUAUUUAGAAAAUGGCAGUGAUGUUAUGUUGAUUCUUAUUUUCGAAUGUUCCUCCCUUACUAUAUGCAAUUGCACGGUAAGGAUCUAGAAUUAAGUGUUGGGUCUUAAUAAACCAAAUCCUGCCCUGCCCCUGCAAAAAGACCUUUUUAUUUGGUAAUUUAAUGUUCAGCUUCUUAAUGUUCUCUCUUUUUUAUUACUGUAUACAAUAUAACUGAAGCUUAAAUUUCAUGUGUCGAUGGAGAGUUUUAAUAUUGUCACAAGGUGUCUUUCUAAGGAAAGAAAAUUACAUUUGGUAAGUAAUAAUUACUGUGUUUUUUCAGUAUUUCUGGCUUACAGAAGGACACCAGUAAGGUUAACUUUUAAAACUGCAACAUUAUUUUGAGAACUGAAACACAACCCAAUUCUUAGUCUCCAAAUAGUAGCUAAUUGAAAUAUUGUUGUUUCAUUUGGGGGAUGUCUCGUUUGAUCAUUAGAGCUUAUAUGAAGAACUGUCCAUGUUAUUGCCAUCGAACCAGUGUUGCAGUUUAUUUUUUAAAUUUUGGAGUUGCGGAAUUUUUCAUGCCUUUUUACUUGACUAAAUGAAACCGUAUUAUUUUCUACCUAAGAUGAAAGAUGGUACUUCAGCAUCUUAGUGGAUAUUAAAUGUGGUUCUCAAAAAUUGAACAUAGGUGAAGUUAUAAAGUAAUAUUUUCGCAGUUGUGGAUGUAAGACACUUGGGGUCACCUCAAGGGAUCAAAUUGAAAGACAGUAUUUGUUCUUAUGUGAUUGCUCUGUGGAAUUAAAUAUGGAUAAUUAAGGCAAACUUUUUUUUAACAUUUGAAAGACUCUUUUUGUAUAUCUUGGCAGGUUCUCGUUUUUAUCCUAAACACUUUAAAUUUAUCUCAGAAUUUCUUUGGUUUCUAAUCAUGUCUUUCCCUCCCUCUCCCUACUUUUUUUAGCUGGAGGGCCCCAAGGAUUGAGAUUUUUCCAAGAGGGAGGAAAAAGACAAAGUACAUGUGAUAACAUGUAAAAAGCCCCUAGUCAAGUGUUGGGCACAGAGUAAGCUGGAGGACAUCUAUGAUAACAGCCUCCUAUAAGUCGAACUUUUUCAAGAAUUCUCUGAAGAAACCAAGUAUGAUUUUCUUACAUCAUGACAUCAUCUGAAUGCAAGAACAAGAAACAGGUUUCAUCUCUAAAUAUAAUGAAGGGCUGUGUGUAAACACUGGCCCUGACUUAAUUCUAAUGAGCAUUUUAGACAUGAGUUUACAUCGGCAAAUGGGUUCAGAUCGAGACCUUCAGUCUUCUGCUUCAUCUGUGAGCUUGCCUUCAGUCAAAAAGGCACCCAAAAAAAGAAGAAUUUCAAUAGGCUCUCUGUUUCGGAGGAAAAAGGAUAACAAACGUAAAUCAAGGGAGCUAAAUGGCGGGGUGGAUGGAAUUGCGAGUAUUGAAAGUAUACAUUCUGAAAUGUGUACUGAUAAGAACUCCAUUUUCUCUACAAAUACCUCCUCUGACAAUGGAUUAACUUCCAUCAGCAAACAAAUUGGAGACUUUAUAGAGUGCCCUUUGUGCCUUUUGCGGCAUUCUAAAGACAGAUUUCCUGAGAUAAUGACUUGUCAUCAUAGAUCUUGUGUGGAUUGCUUACGACAAUAUCUAAGGAUAGAAAUCUCCGAAAGCAGAGUUAAUAUCAGUUGCCCAGAAUGUACUGAACGGUUUAAUCCGCAUGAUAUUCGCUUGAUAUUAAGUGAUGAUAUCUUGAUGGAAAAAUAUGAAGAAUUUAUGCUUAGACGGUGGCUUGUUGCAGAUCCAGAUUGUAGGUGGUGUCCAGCUCCAGACUGUGGAUAUGCUGUGAUAGCAUUUGGAUGUGCUAGCUGUCCAAAAUUAACUUGUGGGCGAGAAGGCUGUGGAACAGAGUUUUGCUACCACUGUAAACAGAUUUGGCAUCCUAACCAGACCUGUGAUGCUGCCCGACAAGAGAGAGCCCAGAGUUUACGUUUGAGAACUAUACGAUCUUCGUCCAUUAGUUAUAGCCAGGAAUCUGGAGCAGCAGCUGAUGAUAUAAAGCCAUGCCCACGAUGUGCUGCUUAUAUUAUAAAGAUGAAUGAUGGAAGCUGUAAUCACAUGACAUGUGCUGUCUGUGGUUGUGAGUUUUGUUGGUUGUGUAUGAAAGAAAUCUCAGAUUUACAUUAUUUAAGUCCAUCAGGAUGUACUUUUUGGGGGAAGAAACCUUGGAGCCGAAAGAAGAAAAUAUUGUGGCAACUGGGAACACUUGUUGGUGCUCCUGUAGGAAUUGCUUUAAUAGCUGGCAUUGCUAUCCCUGCAAUGAUUAUUGGCAUUCCAGUAUAUGUGGGCCGUAAGAUUCACAAUCGAUAUGAAGGCAAGGAUGUUUCAAAGCACAAAAGGAAUUUGGCCAUAGCAGGUGGCGUAACCUUGUCUGUAAUCGUAUCUCCAGUAGUAGCUGCAGUAACUGUAGGUAUUGGUGUCCCUAUUAUGUUAGCAUAUGUCUAUGGCGUUGUUCCAAUUUCUCUCUGUCGAAGUGGAGGUUGUGGAGUCUCAGCAGGAAAUGGAAAAGGAGUCAGGAUUGAAUUCGAUGAUGAAAAUGAUAUAAAUGUUGGUGGAACUAAUACAGCUGUAGACACAACUUCAGUAGCAGAAGCGAGACACAAUCCUAGCAUAGGAGAGGGAAGUGUUGGUGGUCUGACUGGCAGUUUGAGUGCAAGUGGGAGCCACAUGGAUCGAAUAGGAGCCAUUCGAGACAACUUGAGUGAAACGGCUAGCACCAUGGCACUAGCUGGAGCUAGUAUAACAGGGAGUCUGUCAGGAAGUGCCAUGGUUAACUGUUUUAACAGGUUGGAAGUACAAGCAGAUGUGCAGAAAGAACAGUACAGUCUAAGUGGAGAAUCUGGCACAGUCAGCUUGGGAACAGUUAGUGACAAUGCCAGCACCAAAGCAAUGGCAGGAUCUAUUCUGAAUUCCUACAUCCCAUUGGACAAAGAAGGCAACAGUAUGGAGGUGCAAGUGGAUAUUGAAUCAAAGCCAUCCAAAUUCAGGCACAAUAGUGGAAGCAGUAGUGUGGAUGAUGGCAGUGCCGCCCGAAGUCAUACUGGUGGUGCAUCUAGUGGUUUGCCUGAAGGUAAAUCCAGUGCCACCAAGUGGUCCAAAGAAGCAACAGCAGGAAAAAAAUCAAAAAGUGGUAAAUUGAGGAAAAAGGGUAAUAUGAAGAUAAAUGAGACCAGAGAAGACAUGGAUGCACAGUUGUUGGAACAACAAAGCACAAACUCCAGUGAAUUUGAGGCUCCAUCCCUCAGUGACAGUAUGCCGUCUGUAGCUGAUUCCCAUUCAAGUCAUUUCUCUGAAUUUAGUUGUUCUGACCUAGAAAGCAUGAAAACUUCUUGUAGUCAUGGUUCCAGUGAUUAUCAUGCCCGCUUUGCUACUGUUAGCAUUCUUCCUGAGGUAGAAAAUGACCGUCUGGAAAAUUCCCCACAUCAGUGUAGCAUUUCUGUGCUUACCAAAACUGCUUCAUGUUCAGAAGUUCCACAGUUGCAUCAUAUUGCUGAAGAACAUGGUAACAAUGGAAUAAUUCCCAAUGUUGAUUUAUAUUUUAGUGAUGCACUAAAAGAAACAAAUAACAAUCAUUCAAAUCAGACAAUGGAGUUGAAAGUUGCAAUUCAGACUGAAAUUUAGGCCAAUAAAUGCUGCAUAAUAAGUACCACUAAACAGCCUUGUUUGGAGCUGGUUGAACUACACGUGACUAAGUUUCUAGUUACCGGCAAGAGCCAGGUUUCGUAAUCAUUUAAUGCAGAUGCAUUUUCUGUGUUCAGCAAAGCAAGGUGUUUCAUGUGAAUCUUAGUUACCAAACUGAAAUGAAGGCUUUAAAAGUGCAUUAUUAUAAGGACAAUAAAUCUUAAGAGCAAAGCAUGUUUUGUGUGUUGGUCACAAAACAUGGGUUGAAGCGCAUACUUGUGUACUUAGAUAGAAAUUUGGCUUAAUUUAUAAUCAAUAUAAAAUACUAAUGCAAUUCUACAACAUUCUUAUAAAGAAAACUUGAUGCUUAGGGAUAAGUGGUUAGUGACAUUGUAUUGAAACCACUAAAGUAUACUGUUUAAAAGAACCUUGCAGGUUACUCUCAGUAUAUUAUUUUCUUUGUAACAUUUUUAUUCAUAACUGAGCAUAAAUUUCAUUUUUUUCUUGAUAUACAAUGUGGAUAUAUAAAGCUUAAUGCAGCCCAUUUGCUACCACUUGGAUACUUAGACACUUUGAGCAAGAUUGUGGCAGUUUUUGCACAACUUUGAAAUAGAAAUACCUGGUACUCUAUAUAUCUUGUAUAUUGUUGAUGCCAUCUUAGAAGAAAAGUGUAAUGGUAGGUAGUUAAGUAUACUGACAGCAACAAAUAAGAUAUAUAAAACUGCAAAAUAAAAUUCCAGUAGUUUAUAAGUAUUAAAAAAAAAGUCAUCUUUCAUUGAGGGGAAGUUUGCACCCCGUUGAUUUCUUGGUGCCUUUGUAAUAGACUGAGUUUUAAGGGCCUAGUUCUUUGAGGACUUUGCUGUAUUGUUUUCCAUAAUGUCCUCUCUAGCCACCUUGGAUUAUAUAGAAAAGUACAAGAAAUAGAGAAACAUGAAUGUGAUUAAUAAUAAUGCUGAAAAAGUAUUAGCCUACCAAAGAUAUAAUGAGCUUUAGUGAAUAACUUUACAUAACCUCAGUUUUUAAACACAUGCAUAUCUUUUUGAAAUGUGAAGUCAAAGCGUGGUGCAGAGCUUGUACAAGUACAAAAGGAGGGGUCCACGUAUGGUUGGCUUUAUUUCCUUUUGCAUUUGUUUAUGGAAGAUGUUCAACUGACAUAAGCAGAAGUUGGCCAAAAUACUGCCUGUACUGUUAACUUCCUGUAAAAUUUACUCAAAUAAAGCAGGAUAACUUCAAUGAUAGCAGUUAAAAUGUUCCAUUUUAUGUGUUUCUUUUAAGUAUUGCCGUUAUGGUGCUACUGAGUGUUUUCUUUGGUAAAAACAAAAAUGCCAUGGGCUGCAGUCUUCUUCCGUCACUUUUCCUCACCAGGUCCAUUAAUAUGCUUAUAACACUAGUGCCAGUUAUUUUAUUUGAUAAUGCUUAUUAUGACAUCUGUAUAUGUGUUUGCAUUCCAGUUGUGUUUAAUAGUGAGUGUGUAAAUUGCAUACAUGAAAAUAAAUGUAAAUACUAAUGUA